GCGUCCAAUGAACUCCUUUCUUUUGCACUGUGCUUAUUCUGUGUAUUUCUUUAAUAUUUUCAGCUGGUGCCACUCGCAUUCCCUUAUUUGUUUACACGACUAAUGUUACUGCGCUUAAGAAAGUUUAACUUACAACACCUCAAGUUAGCUGGUGGGACUCGGUUUGCUACACAUUUUUUUACGAAAGUUAAGGGGCUGCGGCUUCCGCAUUGAACGCCUUUAUAUGGCUUUGGAAAGGGGGAAAAAAGUUGAAACGUAACUAAGAGUCAGACACCAUCCUGCUGGGAGCAGAGUAACUUCUGUGAGCACGGCGGUCGCACGUUUUAGUUUUUAAAAACGUUUCAUCACUGGAAUAUACAAAUAAACAACGAUUACACUUGUUCCACACAAUACUAGACGCAAUAUAGUUUUUGUUCUUUAAUUGAACUGUUGGUUUGGAUAUCCCUUGAUGUAUGGAUAAGAAGAAACUAGACGGGACUAACGUAAAGGUAUUUGCUACUUCUGAUGUGUUUUUCAGUUAAAAAAAAAAGGUACAGUACGACACAAUUCAUACAUAAAUCAUUAUCUGUGUAAUUUUAAUUUACGGGUUUUUUUCUAGUUUAUUAUUAGGUAUUUAUUUUAAACAUCAAUGAGAAAAUUGACGUGAUUAAAUUAGCAAGUCAGUAUCUGAGUUCUCGUGGCAUUACACCGAGGCGACUGUGAAACUAAAAAGUUUUUUUUGUUUUUUUUGGAGUUCGCAUAGAACUUGUACACAGCCUAAAAGAAAAAAAAGCUAAGAUGGAUAAAUACGACGAUCUCGGGCUGGAGGCUAGUCAAUUUAUUGAGGAUCUCAAUAUGUAUGAGGCAUCCAGAGAUGGACUGUUCAGAACAAGAAAAGACGCGGGCAACAAUCCGGACUUUGAAGAAACCAGAAAAGUUUUUGCCUCCAAAAUGACAAAAAUCCAUUUGCAAAAACACCAAGAGGAAAUGGCAAACAAUAAUCUAGCUGCAGGAACGGCGGCAUCUGGGAGGGUUAACGGAGGGGUUGUCGGUGGUCACAACAUGAACCCACUGCAGAACAGAGCUUCGGACAACGCGGUGUUAUACACCAAAAGACCACCUAUAAACAGUAACAUCAGACUUGCUGGUGAAGCCUCUGCCAAACCGCCGAUAUUGUCGGGACCUAUGUCUGGCAAUGUCAACACAAACCAACACCUUUAUGAAAUGCAGAAACUGAACAGAUACCCACAACAAGAGGUCUCAGCCAGCAGGGGUCCCAUCAAUGGAAACAAUUAUGAGAGCCAGGAGGUUGGGGAUCAUCCUUUGAAGCUACAAACAGGCCCAGGGUACAGCUGGGGUGGGUCACACAAUCGGUUUCCCAGCCAGGGUGACCAAGAAGCUACAAGCCCUAUCUUUACUGACCCGAACCCACAAUACCAACAGCAGCAACACAGACCCACAGCAUCCUUGGAGCAGAAGCCAGUAGGUCAGGGGUCUGCCUCAUUUUCCAAUACUCUGUCCCCAUUGUUGCCUUCGUCCACUGCUCCAUCUUUCAACCAAACAAAGAUGGGGCUGCCUCACCAGAGAUCUUCUUUCUCUACCCCUUCCUCCACUGCAUCUUUCCAGAGCUAUCCUAUCCAAAAGACCACAGCUCCAGACGUGAGAAAUUUAGGCAGCAGUCCAGAAAAUGAGCCUCCAGGCCCAGACAGUCCUGUUAAACCUAACACUGACUGCAACUACCACUAUUGCCAGCAGCAACAACAGCAGGAACCACGCCAACCCAGCCAGCAACCUUCCAGUCAUGGAGUAGCGUAUUCUGCUCUAGGUGACACCAGAAGACUUGAAGGUGAGCUUUAUGACUUCAAACAACACAGGCAGCAGCCCCAGAGUCCAAUAUCUCACUCUCUCCCAUAUCCAGUGGGCCCGGACUGCCAGGUUUCCUCCAGCAACCUCUCUGUGCGCUUUGAACAAGUUCCACUUGCCACCACUGACGGUGGAGGUGGCUUUAGCAAUGCAAGCAGCCAGCCACUUUCCACGCAGUCCAGCUCCAGAAGCUAUACCCAGGGUCAGCCUCCGAGCAGCCAGCUGGCCACUGCUGUCCUGGUCAGCUCAGCUUUUGACAGUCCUCCUCUGUUGCCACCAAGCCAUUCUCAGCAGGGAUCUUCCUGUGACAUCUCCACUCAGGAAACCUCCAACCCCCCCAGGGUGGUCAAACUGCCCUGCCAGACUCUUCUUGUACAGCCGGAGCAGGGGCUGUCUGCUGCCGAAAUAAAAUUAGAAGCUCUUACUAAGCGCGUGGAAGAAGAGAUGGAUGCGAAAGCAGAUUACUUUGGGACCUGUGUGAAGUGUAACAAAGGCGUCUAUGGAGCGAACCAGGCAUGCCAGGCUAUGGGGAAUCUGUACCACAACGUUUGCUUCACCUGCAGUGCCUGCAACAGACGACUCCGGGGAAAAGCUUUCUAUUAUGUGUGUGGGAAGGUGUUCUGUGAGGAGGACUUCCUGUACUCUGGUUUCCAGCAGUCAGCGGACAAGUGUAAUGUUUGUGGGCACUUGAUAAUGGACAUGAUCCUUCAGGCCCUGGGGAAAUCCUAUCACCCGGGCUGUUUCCGCUGUGUGAUCUGUAACGAGGGGCUGGAUGGUGUGCCUUUCACUGUGGACACCGAGAACAAGAUAUACUGUGUCCGGGAUUACCACAAAGUCCUUGCACCAAAAUGUGCAGCCUGUGGCCAGCCAAUCCUGCCCUCUGAGGGCUCUGACGAAACCAUCCGCGUUGUAUCCAUGGAUAGGAAUUAUCAUGUGGAGUGCUACCACUGUGAGGACUGUGACAUCGAACUGAACGACGAGGAAGGACACCGCUGCUUCCCUCUGGAUGGGCACCUGCUUUGCCACUCCUGUCACCUCAAGCAUAUCGACAGCGGGACCUCGACACUGCCUUCCUCAGUCUACCAGCAUCAGUUCUAGAAGUCAGAUCUCCAGCAGACUCUAGCCAUUGGAUUCAGGUCUCGCUAAACCAGGAUGCUUUUCUACAUACCUCAAGACUGCACCUCUUUUCCUGAUCUUGAACUGUCUAAUCUUUCCCUGACUGUGGAGCAGGGGUGGAGGGUGGAGAAAGGGGUGCUUUUACGCUAUAUUGAAUGGAAUAAAAACAUCAGAUUAUUGCUAAAGGUUAGAUAACAAGUAAGAUGCAAAUGAAUUUGUUUGAAUGAGCACAUUAGGUCUCAACCAUAAAUGAUCAAAUGGUUUAUUGACACAGCUUAAAUAACAGUUUUCUGUUCCUUUUAAAACGUACAGUAAACCAUAGAGCUUUAAGAAACAGUCGCAAAUUUGGUGAAACAGCCUUGCUCUGAAUUACAUAAAAUGAGAAGAUUAACUUGAUUUAAGGUCAGUUGUGCUGCAGUGGUUUAUAAUAAUAAUUAUUGAUGUUUUCCUCAUAAAGGAACCGGCUUGAUCUUUGUAUUCAUCAUUCUAGACCUAUAAAGGCAUUGUUCUGGAUCCCAACAAUACACGAGGCCCACCAUCACUGUAAGCUUGCACUGCUGGCUGCACCCAUCUCCAGCAGCAGAGCUGUGGAACCAAAUGGCUGUCUCGGAUCUCCACGUUGAUUUUCUCCAACCAAGACAGACAUCUGCCUUUAUGAUAUGCAGCAGUUCGUAUUUGUCUCCAUUUUUUUUUUUGACACAAGUUCAGUUUCAAAAGUGUCACCUAUUAGAUUAAACUUUCUGUUAAUUCACAACAAAGUGACAGAUUUUACUGUAAAAGAGGAUUUUUUUGCAGCAACUUAAUUCCGCUAAUGGCCUUUGGGGUCAAUUUUUGCUUCAGUAAAUGUUUGCGCUGCUUUUUCUUUUAAUGUAUUGCACAUGUAUGAAUAAUAUAUUUCACGGCACAUUCAUUUUACAGAUUUUUAAUAAAUGUGAAAUUAGCGAACAUUUCUUGCUCGCGAAAUUUUCUUGUUUUACAAUACUUUGAGUACACAAGACCAACAAAAAAACAAGUGUAAGCAUGAAUGUGACCAUGAACUGAAGGAGUAUGGAGAUGUAUCCUCUGGUACUACAGUUUAAAUUUUCCCAAGUGAUACCUGGUUGGUGUUGGAAAUGACAAACUGUUGACAUUUUGACUUUCGGGAGACUGAACCAAAUGAAAUAUCAGAGGACUUUAAUAUUUUAUAUGUUCUUUUUUUUUUGUAAAGAAACUUUAUAAAAUAUAUUAUUCUUCAAAUGCAUAUUUUUACACAAAGCUUUAAUACAGUGUAUUAGUUAGUCUCUCUGCGUGCGAGUACUUUGCUGGUUUAAGUAGAUGAGAAAAUAAACAUACAUAAUCUUGGGCUUGAUCAACCAUCAUCGAUGGGUUUGGUUAUUAGCUAGAUCUCAUUAAUAUAUUAAUCCUAUUUGUUGUCAUGCAAAGAUGUUCAAUUACGAAAAGUCUUGUGUUUGUUUUUCACAGCCCCCACUUUGAGUACUGCAGAUUUUUGUUAGAAUUAUUACUUGUGUCUUAUUACAAGUUCAGAAUAAUGGUAGGCUAUUUGUAAAAACGGACCCUAUCUGCUGUCAGUUGUUGUAUGAAUGAGAAUGAAUAGUUCUGAAAACAAACAGUACUAAAAUAAAUGUUAAAUAAAUGUUGUUUUAUUCCAUACUUA